UUUAGCCUUUUUAUACGGUCACCCUUUUUUUUGUGUUAAUGAUGCUUUUGCUCUCUCUCUUUUCCUUCCAAAAAUCUAAAGAAGUGUUAAAAGAGGUCUUGCUAUCCUUAACGCUGAAUUCUUUGAGAGAGCAGCAUGAAUAUGGAGAAAAGCUCAAUUCGUGUGCAAAUUUUAUUGAGACCAAGGAUUUUAGAGUAUGCCAAGGCUUGUACGAUACACACUUAAUUAGAGCAUGAGAAGAGUGGGAUGCCAAAAAUACUUCUGAAAAUGAUCAUCCUUGUGCUUUUCGUGACGAUCAAUGCUACAUUGUGUUUGUAUUAGCUGAUGGUGGAAAGGAUCUUGAAAACUCUGUCCUUAAAAAAUUUAAUGAGGCUCGAAGUUUACUUGUGCAGGUUACCGCUUCAUUAGUUGUUGCAGAAGUUGCAUGCGAAUUUGAACAUGGAGAUUUACACUGGGGUAACAUUCUUUUACGUCGUAAUGGGGCCACAAUGGCUGAUUUCACACUUUCCCGUAUCAACACUGGAGAAGCUGUACUAUUUCUUAACCUUUCAGCAGAUCCCGAACUCUUCAAGGGUCCUAAAUGGAAUAUGCAGUUCGAAACAUAUCGAAGGAUGAAAGAAGUCACUGGAGGAUGCUGGGAAGAGAGGAGCUUCCCCAAGACCAAUGUUCUUUGGCUAAUGUAUCUUGUUGACAUUUUGGACAAGAAGAAAAUCAAUGAUCGGACGAUAAAGGAUGUGAGAGAUCUUAGGUCAUUUAAAAGGCAUUUGAAAAACUAUGAAUCUACUAAGGAUUCUCUGUCUGAUCCAUUCUUAAGUGAACUGCUUUUACCUUCAGGUUACAUUUCCAGAGAAUUGUGACUUAUGUUAUUACAUGCUGAAAAGAAUGAACUUUCAGCAUUUGUUCCAAAACAAAUUAAUUUUUUUUCAUGAUUUUAUGGUUUUAUUCCUCAACUAUAAUGAAUAGUUUCUUGUAGGCCGUUUGAUUGGAGCGAUCCAAAUCAUCCAUAGUUGUGAUAUAAUAAAUAAUAAAACUAAAAGGCUUUUCUU